UGUAAGCUACAUCUACUUCCGGAAUUAUGACUGUACGUGUCAAAUGUUAUCGAACUUUAAAAUGUGAUAAUGUACUUCCCUAACCACCCAGCGUUACUAUUGGCACUAAAUUUACUUAAAAAAAUAGGUGUCAUUGCAAAAAUGUACAAUAUAAGAGAAAUAUGGUAAAAAUUAACGUUCGUUGGCAUUCUAUUUCAACUAUAAAAGAUAUUUUAGUUAUUUACAAAAGUAAAGAGCUAAUAAUGUUUUCUGCCGACCAUGUGUUCUGUUUAGAAAAACAUGUGCGGAAUCAUAUAACGGACUGGGGCUAAUCCCGACCGAUAUAACGUUCCGUGUCUCAGGUCAUAUUAGUUCGGAAUCUCAAGACCUCUCUCGUUAUUUUGUUUAAAAUAAUAUAUAAAUGCACAAAUGAACGAUAUUGAUAAUAAAAAAUUAUAACAAAUUUUGAAAAAGUACUAAAUUUAAAAUUAACUGAACAAAAGUCCAAAAUAUAAAUAAUAAUUCAUAUCGGUAGAACAAAUGAAAUUGUAAAUCUAUAUGUAUAUGUUUGUUAGAAAUAUAUUAUAUAUAGUCAGUGGCUUAUUUUACACCCCACGCAUGGUUCUUUAGCUUAGUAGAGUCUGGUGGGUAUACUAGCUAAGCGCGUUAGUCCGCAUUUAGUUAAUAGUCAUAGUCAUUAAGAGGCAGUUGCCUCUGCUGCUGUCCGGAGUCGGCUAGUCGGAGUUCAGUUCAGUUGACGCGUUCAGCGAGUAUAGAUGCUAGCUGACAUAGGGAACGUUGCAUUGGAGCACAAAUUUUAUCCUCGCGAUAGUGAAUGUGUAAAGAACCCCCUUUUAACGAACGACCUUUAACCCUACUGAGUUCAAGUAAUAGCCUAGCUGCAGGCGCUGGUCGUCGAUCUCUGUCUUCUGACAUCUACAAUUAUCUGGAUUAUCGUUAUCGGAACAGUUCUCCCCCGGAUUUUGUGAGAGCUUUAAGCCCAUCAUGCUACCAAGACUGAUACUACCAAUAAUUCUGCUACUCGUUAUUAUAGGCACAUUAUCAAAAGCUUGCGAUUUGGAUCAAAUGCAAUAUGGAUGUCGUAUCUAUAAUGCACAAUGCAGAUGCGGUUACGGUUGUUCUUCUGAAUACAGAUACAAUACUAACGAAGAUUGCAAAGAAGCGUUAAGAGGUAGGCGUAGUGAUAUAUGUUAUAGAUCGAAACCUUGUUUGAAUGGAGGAUCAUGUUUGCAAAUAUCAUCAGAUCCUGGAUUUAAAUGUCGCUGCGAAGGAACUGGUUAUUACGGACCACAUUGUGAUAAACCUUGCCCAGGACCAAAUAACCAACGUUUUCGAGGACCAUUUCCUUACGAGUGUGUUGUAAUUUAAUUUGUAAUUUACCUUCUUUUAAUCUAUCAAAAAUCAAAUACAUAUUAAGUACAAAAAAUAAA